GGGCCCUGGGGUGGGCACUCCAGUGACAGAGCAGAAGUUCUGGGAACUGACAUUGAAGCCCAAGCCUAGGCCUGGGCUGGAUGCCUGCUGGGAUGGUGCCCCAGAGCACCUGGCUUUUGCUGUCUCUCUUGGCAGGCAGGACAGCAGUUUUGCAGUCUCCUAAUGGGCUAUUUUUGUCUUUCCUUAGACACGGGUCCCCUGUGGAGAGAUACUGUAGGGUCUUGGGAUGGUCGCUUCAGGGAGCUGAUGGCUUAGACCUCCAAGGCAGGCUGGCCACGCUCCAGCUCCAUGGAAACUGCAUGAGCAGUGCAGUAGGAAACCAGGAACCCAGCAAAUGUGCAGCUUAGUUCCCAGGAACCAUACAGGCGCUAGACCAUCCUGGACCCUGACUUUGUUGCACCUGGGGCUCCGAAAAUAAUCUGGAAUUAAAACAAUCUGGGUUAUGUUUUUGCUCUUCCUUGGUAAGGGUGCUUUGGGAGUGGCUGUCCCCUUUACUUUGUGCUAUGUCGGAGGGGCCUGGCCCUGCUGGCAGCUUCACAGGACGCUUCCCUACUCACCUCCCCACAUAACCCCUUGCCAUGGGCCUCCCAGGCUGCCCUCCUGCUUAGUCCACCUUUUUUGGGGUUGCUUCUCUGGUUCUUUUCUGGGUUCUGUCUCCAGGGGCUUGGAAUGCAGGAAUGCAUGCCUCCUGGGAUGAGUGGGGAAAUGCCUGGGGCCACCUUGCUGGAAGCAGAGGCUGGAGAUAUUCAGUACUUAUUCUUGAACCCUGUUGCCAUGCCAGACUGUGAGAAUGCAUCCCUUCUGCUUCUGUUCUCUGCCUGCCUCAGCAUCCCGAGGAGCCAAACAACUGGCUGGCAGGGGUAUAGAUAGGGCUAAGCCUACUUGGGUGGAGCCUUCUUAGGGGUCAGUGUCUUGGCCUCACUCUCCCACCCCCUAGGGCUGGGCAGUGUUGGCAUGGUGGCGCAAUGUUCCAUGUGCUACCGGGGAGAUAAGCCACUGUUUUCUUACUGCGUGAAGUCCCAGUGGAAUUGGGGCCCUGAGGAUUCUGCUAGUUGAGAUCUAAAGGCUAGACGUUUUCCAGGGCUGCAGCUGUGGCCAAGGCUUCUCUGGACCGACUUGGACCCUCACAUGUGCUCUCUGAGAGGUGUUCUCACUCUCCCCUCCAGUAUAUCUCUGCUUCAGGGCUGCCUGGCAAAGUCUAAGUCCUGCUCAGAUUUCAUACUGCCUUUGGUGCCAGCAUCUGGAGUGACUUAGGGAUGAUCCUGGGGGAGCUGAAGGGAGCUGUUGGAGCUGAUGGGAGCAGCUGUGCCUGGGAGGGUCAGAGCCCUUGAGGCUGCGCCAUGCUUUUCUCAGGCUUGGCUUUUUCCCCACGGAGCCAUUCCUUCCACCUGGACCUUGCCCUUUACCUCAAGUGCCUCUCCUUUGGGGAUCUCAGCCUCCUUUUUUCCUGCUUUCCUGGGUUCCCUCUUUGAACUCAUACGUUUUGCUUCAAGAAGAGAGUAUGGUAGAGCAUGGGCAAGGUUCAGGCUCUCAAGAUAUCAGCAGGACCCUGGGCCCAGGAAACACUGCCGAGCCCUGAGCUCUCCCUCCUGCCCAGCCCCCCAGUCAGGGAGGGGGGCAGUCUUGCAGGACCAAAUCAUGCCCUCUGUUCUGGGCUCUGGCACGAUCCAGAGUGGCCAGCAUCUGCUCAGUCCUGUGCUGUCCUGCAGGCACUGCACCAGCUCUACUACGACCCCAACAUUGAGAACAAGAACCUGGCUCAGAAGUGGCUGAUGCAGGCCCAGGUCUCCCCACAGGCCUGGCACUUCAGCUGGCAGCUACUGCAGCCCGACAAGGUGCCUGAGAUCCAGUACUUUGGGGCCAGUGCCCUGCACAUCAAAAUCUCUCGCUACUGGAGUGACAUCCCCACUGACCAGUACGAAAGCCUAAAGGCACAGCUCUUCACCCAGAUCACCCACUUUGCCAGUGGCUCCAAGAUUGUGCUGACUCGUCUCUGUGUGGCACUGGCCUCGCUGGCUCUCAGCAUGAUGCCUGACGCUUGGCCAUGUGCUGUGGCAGAUAUGGUACGGCUCUUCCAGGCUGAGGACUCACCAGUGGAUGGCCAGGGCCGCUGCCUGGCCCUGCUAGAGCUGCUGACAGUGCUGCCCGAGGAGUUCCAGACCAGUCGCCUGCCCCAAUACCGCAAAGGGCUGGUGCGGGCCAGCCUGGCGGUGGAGUGUGGGGCUGUCUUUCCAUUACUGGAGCAGCUGUUACAGCAACCCAGCUCACCCAGCUGUGUGCGUCAGAAGGUGCUCAAGUGCUUCUCCAGCUGGGUGCAGCUGGAGGUGCCGCUGAAGGACUGUGAGGCACUCAUUCAGGCUGCCUUCGCUGCCCUCCAGGACUCAGAGCUCUUCGACAGCAGCGUGGAGGCCAUUGUCAAUGCCAUCUCACAGCCUGAUGCCCAGAGGUACGUGAACACACUCCUGAAACUCAUCCCGCUGGUGCUGGGACUGCAGGAACAACUGCGACAGGCAGUGCAAAAUGGGGACAUGGAGACCUCCCAUGGCAUCUGUCGCAUUGCUGUGGCCCUGGGCGAGAACCACUCCCGGGCCUUGCUGGACCAAGUGGAGCACUGGCAGAGCUUCCUGGCACUUGUCAACAUGAUCAUGUUCUGCACAGGCAUCCCUGGCCACUAUCCUGUCAAUGAGACCACCAGCUCCCUGACUCUCACUUUCUGGUACACGCUGCAGGAUGACAUUUUGUCCUUUGAGGCAGAGAAGCAGGCCGUGUACCAGCAAGUAUACCGGCCAGUCUACUUCCAGCUGGUGGAUGUGCUUCUGCACAAAGCCCAGUUCCCUUCCGACGAGGAGUAUGGAUUCUGGUCCUCAGACGAGAAGGAGCAGUUCCGAAUUUACAGGGUGGACAUCUCAGACACGCUUAUGUAUGUCUAUGAGAUGCUGGGGGCUGAGCUGCUCAGCAACCUCUAUGACAAGCUAGGCCGUCUGCUCACCAGUUCAGAGGAGCCCUACUCCUGGCAGCACACAGAGGCCCUGCUCUACGGCUUCCAAUCCAUCGCGGAGACCAUCGAUGUCAAUUAUUCUGAUGUGGUGCCUGGGCUCAUUGGCCUUAUCCCACGGAUCAGUAUCAGCAAUGUGCAGCUGGCGGAUACUGUCAUGUUCACCAUCGGAGCUCUGUCUGAGUGGCUGGCUGACCACCCCGUCAUGAUCAAUAGUGUUCUGCCCCUGGUACUGCAUGCCCUAGGCAAUCCCGAGCUUUCUGUCUCCUCUGUGUCCACCCUCAAGAAGAUCUGCCGGGAGUGCAAGUAUGACCUGCCGCCCUAUGCUGCCAACAUUGUAGCCGUCUCCCAGGAUGUACUGAUGAAACAGAUCCACAAGACAAGCCAAUGCAUGUGGCUGAUGCAGGCAUUGGGCUUCCUGCUGUCAGCCCUGCAGGUGGAGGAGAUCCUUAAGAACCUGCACUCACUGAUCUCGCCCUACAUCCAGCAGUUGGAGAAGCUGGCAGAGGAGAUACCCAAUCCCUCCAACAAGUUGGCCAUUGUCCACAUCUUGGGGCUUCUCUCCAACCUCUUCACCACGCUGGACGUCAGUCACCAUGAGGAUGAGCAUGAAGGCCCUGAGCUCCGGAAGCUGCCAGUGCCACAGGGACCCAACCCCGUGGUAGUGGUACUGCAGCAGGUCUUCCAGCUCAUCCAGAAGGUGCUGAGCAAGUGGCUGAAUGAUGCUCAGGUGGUAGAGGCGGUGUGUGCCAUCUUCGAGAAGUCUGUCAAGACACUGCUGGAUGACUUUGCCCCCAUGGUGCCACAACUGUGUGAGAUGCUGGGUCGGAUGUACAGCACCAUCCCCCAGGCCUCUGCUCUUGACCUAACUCGACAGCUGGUCCACAUCUUUGCUCAUGAGCCUGCCCACUUUCCACCAAUCGAGGCCCUCUUCCUGCUCGUCACCUCCGUCACACUCACUCUCUUCCAACAAGGGCCCAGGGAUCAUCCUGAUAUUGUUGAUUCAUUUAUGCAACUCCUGGCACAGGCUCUGAAGCGGAAGCCAGAUUUGUUCCUGUGUGAACGAUUGGAUGUCAAAGCUGUGUUCCAGUGUGCUGUGCUCGCCCUCAAGUUCCCUGAGGCGCCUACAGUCAAGGCCUCCUGUGGCUUCUUUACAGAGCUGCUGCCUCGGUGUGGGGAAGUUGAACCUGUGGGAAAGGUGGUGCAGGAGGAUGGCCGUAUGCUGCUUAUAGCAGUGCUGGAGGCCAUUGGGGGCCAGGCCUCCCGCAGCCUCAUGGACUGCUUUGCCGACAUCCUGUUCGCCCUGAACAAACACUGCUUCAGCCUCCUGAGCAUGUGGAUUAAGGAGGCACUGCAACCACCUGGUUUUCCCUCUGCCCGCCUCAGCCCUGAACAGAAGGACACCUUCAGCCAGCAGAUCCUGCGUGAGCGAGUGAACAAGAGGCGGGUGAAGGAGAUGGUGAAGGAGUUCACACUGCUGUGCCGGGGGCUACAUGGCACAGACUACACAGCUGACUACUGAGGGGUACACCCCGCCCACCCACACCUUCUUGCCCACCUCUAUCCCCAAAGAGUAAACCUGGAUCCUCA